GAAAAUCUUUUUGGGUAUUUAAGCUGAAUGCGUCCCCGUAUCCAGUCAGUAAGAGUGGAAAUACUGCGCGUUCAGCAUCGCGUCGAAUAUCCACAUCUCUGGAUAACUCCACGACUGUGACCGUUGGAUUUUUCCGACUUUCGUGUAAUUCGUAGUCGACUUUUUCCCACUGUCGCGGUUUUAAUUAUAAUGGAUUAUCGCUUUCGACAUGUAGAUAACUCCGUUUACUGUUCAUUAGUUCGACGAGACGAACACAGUGCGGUAGUGCGUUCCAAUCAAUAGUGCCGUUACUAGUGUUAAAUAAAUUAAAAAAAUGAAAAUAACAUGAAGCUCAGUGUGUCGGCAUACAGGGCUCACGCGUCUGCGCACAAAAAAAUUUUAGACACAUCGUAUAAUCAGUAUUAUGGAUCGACGUCGGCGUCGCAUCCGCACUCGUCGUCGGCGGGUUCUUCGGGUGCCCCGACUUGCGCCGGAUUCCAGGUAUCACCGAUGUAUAAACAAAGUGGACAGGUGAAUAAAUGAUCGGUCGCUUCCAAGGGAGCGUAAAGCCAGUUUUGCGAAUUUAUUGUCGGAAAGUGAAGCGGAAAUGUUUAGGAUACGGAUUUAUUGGCUUCGGUCUAAUAAAUUGAAGCAUACAUCACUGGAAAAGCGU